CGGUCUUCUUCUUCCACUGCAGCUCGCAGAAGCUACCAGUGCCCUCUACUCAUUGCCACUGUGGCUUGAAUACUUUUCCAUCAGUUUUUCUUCUUGUUACUUGCAUCCCCGAGCUGCUCAAGUAUUAGUAUAUGUCGAUUUCAAUCACUCUGGAUGCGAUUUCACGUUAGUAGCAUUGCAGAGAUAAGCUUUUGCUAUAUAGCUAUUUGUACAUACGUCCAACGUUACUUGUAGCAACGCUCUGUAGAGAUUUGACAGUGUCGAUAUCUCUUGAAAUUAGUCUGCGAUUAUUGAUUCUAAGCCAUACACUAUCUUGAUAGCACCUCGAUACCAAGGUAAUAUCAUGUUGAUUCAGCAAGUAUUAGUAUACUAGUUGGUCAAUACUAGUAGUUGUUGUCAGUAUUGUUUCUCUCGUAGAUGCCUCGGCACCUUUACACCGGCCAGCUAUGUGGUGGAUUUAUAUCUUCCAGUCUUGUGUUAGUAUGUCCGCGACUACACUUUCUGCAUCUUCUACUACCCCUAUUGUCCGAGUCAAAGCUGCAAUGUACGAUCAGAAAAGCUCUGAAAUGUUUAACCUAUACUAUUGGCCAAUUUGUCGAAGAAAAAAAUAAGGCCAGGAUAGACUUUCAUCGGACAUGGGCAUGUCAUGAGUCAUCAUCGCCAAGCAGAAUGUGAUCCGUAGCUUUAAUCCGAAAAAACUAUCAUCCAAACUAAGUACUACAUGUAUUGCUGCCAUCUUCAACAGUCACUAUUGCAUUCGACGUCAUGAAGAAACCAUGAAAUAGAAAUAUAUACGGGCAAUUGCUGGCUGGUCCGAGUUCAAAACCAUGGAUGGUAGACAGUGGUUGUGUCGAAACACUGCUUCCCGUUAAGCUGUUGAACCUAGACGGGAAAUCCUCACGAGACCUCGGUCUACUUAGUAGGCGUACUGCAGAUAAUUGAAACAAUACUGGGGGUUUUUGAAAAGCAUGCUGCGUGCAGGCGAAAGCGAUUGUAUGAUCCUACAGGAACCGAAUAUUACCCGGAUACACAAAGUAACGACUUGAGGAUCUUCCUUACCGUCUAAAGAGAAGAAUGUAAGGCGGGCUGGAAGCGGUGGACUCGAAUUGACUCGACCGCAUUCGCCGCUGGAGGUUCCCCGGAUUGGGUCCGACUAAGUCUUACGUCAUCCGUUCGCACCCUCCGAAAUCGUCCAAAGGCAGUGAAGGGCGGAUCAGUUGAGAGGGAAAGCGACGUGGGAGCAGAGCAGAGCAGACAGAGAGAGGCAGAGGAGG